UCCUUCUCAAAAUCAACUAAAAACUAAUCUUUUAUUUAUUUGAAAUUUCUCAUUUUUUCUUCAUUUUUUUACAAUAUUUCAUCCAAAACAUCCCACAUUUUUUCAAAAAAAUCAUCAUUUUCAAUAAAAACACCUUUUUUUUUCCAAAAAGAUUAACCUUUUUAACCUUAAAUAUUCUCAAGGAAAUUUAAUUUUUUUUUUUAGAAAAAUUCAACCUCUUUCUUUAACUUUUCAAGCUCUUUUUUUGUCUCUAAAUAUUCUUUUUCUUAUAAAACAUCUUUUAAUAUCCUUUUAUCAUCCGUUUCUUCGAAAAAAAACCUCAAAAUUCCACUUAAAUCAGCCAAACUUUACUAUAUAAAUUCAAAAAUAUCACCUUUUUAAUUGCUUUCAUCUGCUAUUUCAUCUAAAAUUUUCAGAUUAAUCUUUUUCAAAAAAUUUUUUGGACAUUUAUUUUUAACUAAAUUUGCUAAAAAACAUAUGCUACUUUAUAUAACUUUAAUUUUUUUUAAAUUCUCUUUUUCAAAUCCACCCAAAACAUUUGCAAGAAAAAUUUGAAUUUUUUCUUUUUUUUCUUCAUCAUUUUCAUUCUACUCUAUUUUUUAAAUUUAUUCAUCAUUUUUUAAUAAAAUUUCUUCAAAUUAUUGAAUUAAAGCAUUAUUUUCUUAAAUUUUCUAAUUUAAAAUUUCCACUUCAUUACUAUUAAAUUCGAUAUUUUCCUUUAUUUUUUUCAUUUCUUCUUUUUCAAUAUUAGAUUCACUUGUUUUGACAGUUUUUUAAUUUUUCAAAUAUCCUAUUUCCCUUUCUUUUUUUAAAAGUUCAACUUCGUUUUAUAAAUUAUUUAUUUUUUCAUUAUUUUAAUUAAUAUGAUUUAGUAAAAUGUUAUUCUUUUCUUAAAAAGAGGAUAAUUUUUUAUACAUUUUAGUCGCUUUUUUAUCCAAUAUUAUUUUGUCUUAUUCAAUUUCGAUAUUUUACUCAUUAAUGUUAUUUUCUAAAGAAUUUAUUAAUAUUCGUGUUUUUUCAAUUUUUUAUCGUGAUUUUUC